AUGCUCAAGUCUUAUAAGACGUUUAUGUUUGAUGCAGAUGGUACCCUCUGGGAUUCAAAGGGAAUAAUAUCGGGAGCGAUAGAAUUUAUUCGUUAUUUGAAAGAAAGUGGUCGAAAUGUUCUCCUUGUUACAAACAAUAGCACAAGAUCGGUUGAAGACUAUUUAGCCAAAUGCAAAAAGCUCAGUUUACCGCUUGAAUUAUCAGAAAUUGUAUGUACUGCAAAUAUUACGGCCAAUUAUCUGGCAAGGCAGGGUAUCAAAGGACCUAUCUAUGUUGUGGGUCAGUCUGGAAUCGCUAAUGAAUUAGAUAAAGCUGGAAUUGAGCAUUUUGGAACUGGUCCUGAUACCACGCCUAUUGAUGACUUUGACGCGUCACAUUUACGCGAUGACGUUUCGGGUGUUAUUGUUGGAUUUGAUCCACAUUUUAAUUACGUGAAAGUCAUGAAGGCAACUAGUUAUAUUCUUCGAGGUUCUAAAUUCUAUGCAACUAAUGAAGAUGCUCUUUUGCCUUGUGAUGAAUUUGCUAGACCCGGAACUGGAGCCAUGGUUGCAUCAGUAAGAAAGGCGUCAGGCGUAGAGCCAAUAGUGUUUGGAAAGCCGUGUACAACCGUCUGGGACUUCGUUAAGAAGAAAUAUGGUGCAGAGGAAAAGACAUCAGUGAUUGUAGGUGAUAGAUUGGAUACAGACAUUCAAAUGGGCAAAGCGGCUGGUCUCGGCACAGUCUGUGUAUUGAGUGGAGUUACUUCCGAGGAACUUCUGUCGAAAGUUCAGGCUGAUCCUGCCCAAGCAGCUCUUCUUGCGCCUGACUUUGUCUAUCCCAGCAUCCGUGAAAUGCACAAACAAUUAUUGGAAGAGGAUAAGAAAUCUGCGUAG